AUGCAUGAAGAACUAAGAAUUAGGAACAACUCUUUAAAUGAGCAAAGGGUGGCAAAUAUAAAUAAAAAAGGAAAUGCUAGCUUUUUCCCACAGGAGUGCAGCUGUUAUAAUAGCGAAAACUGUUUUGCCUUGGUUUCUCCUCAUGCGUCUUUUACUUCUAUGGCUUCAUUUGCCUUAUCAUCCUCUUCUUCAACCUCAAUUCAACCUAUUGGGAAUGAACAUUUAAAAAAGCAUUGUUGCAUUCCAUCAACUUCUUUAUCAUCAGCUUCAUUUUCUAUGAGCGAAGGAUGCAAACUAGCAGUCAGUUCCGGAACUGGCACCGGUAAAUUUAACACAGUAAAUAAGCAAAUUAACGGGAACCUGAACAUGUUAGUCAAUAGUAACUUUGCAGGUUUUUCUGAAAAAAUUAUGAAUAAAUCUUUAAAAGCGGAAAACGGGAAGCAUGUAAGUAAUACAGUUUCAAAUCCAAGUAUGGCUUUUGCUAAUGGUGUUUGUUAUUCAAAUAUUAGUGCAUUAUCACAAGAAGAAACUGAUAAACACGCAGUAGAAUCAAGUAAAGAUACAGAUAACAGCAAUAUUAAUACUUUAAAUCAUCCCAAGGUUACAACUUAUGAAUGCGAAAAUACCUAUACUGGCUGCUCAUCAGGUGCUUUAAUUGGUACUGACGUAAAUAGUAUAAACUCAUCGAUUGCAAACUCAAAUCCUGUAACAGUUUCAGCUUCUACAAUUACAAAAAUCUCAAAACCUUCUAUUGCAGCAAAUAAAAACCCAAUAGUUCCAAGAAAUUAUUCAUUAGUACACAAACGUUUAUAUGACCGUCUCGGUCCUGUAAUGUUCCCUAUUGCUCCAUUAAAAGGAAUUAAACAUCCAAGAGGUGAAUUAAAACUAUGGCCAACUAGCCACGAUCGAGUGAUUUCGCAGAAUUCUUCAAAAAGAAAAGUUCACAGAUCUUUAUGGAUUCCUCCAAAAAAUUGUGAACAGACUUUUGCAAAUGAUUUAAAUGGCUCAGAAACAAUCUCUGCCUAUCCAAUGGCAUUAAAGUUUGUUGAAGAUGGAAAUACACGUGAUGGAAGAAGUAUUAAGAGAGAAAUAGAAUGCCACCUAUAUAUAUAUCAGAGGCUAUCUCAACUUCAACAGGAUCAAGGAUAUGAUAAUUUGGAAGAUGCUUGGCCAUGCGCAGAAUUGAUUGGGUAUUAUUUAGAUAAAAAAAACCCUGGAAACUCAGUGUUAGUGACUAGAAAGUUAUCAGGUCCAGAUUUUUUUGAUAUCAUUAGAUCUGAACAUUCAUCUUCUGCAAAUUCAGUAUAUAGCAGAUGCCAAGCACUUUACGAAUACAAUAAACUUCAAUGGUGCACAUUGGCAUUAACAAGAAUUGCGCAGUAUUCGGCAUUGGGCAUUAGGCACAAUGAUAUCAAACCUGACAACAUAGUAUUGGAUUUUUAUUACAAUAGCACUAGUAACGAGAGGCAUUUAGAUGUUAAAAUUAUUGAUUUAGGAACAGCUUCUAUGCAUAGUGCUAAAGAUUUUACAGGAGGAACCUCAUGGUAUGAGAGCCCUGAACAGAAAAUGCUCGAAUAUUAUACAAAAAAAAGCAGAGAUUUAAAAUCAGCAAAGAUGGUUGAAAUUGGUCUUUCCUCUGAUUCUUGGGGAGCAGGAAUUUCUAUAGCAGAGGUUUUAAUGGGAAGAAGAGUUGUGGAUAGCAUGAAGAGUCCAUAUGGCCCUGGCCCAUUGGAAUUUAAAGGAAAAGAUGGAUGGUUAAUAGACCCUCACGAGUGGAUUGAGUUUGCAAAAAUGGCAUUGGGAUUUGAUAAUUCGAACUGCCCAUACAAGUACAAAAUUUGUGAAGAAGCUGCUAAAUAUGUAUUUAAUAUGCUCGUACAAGUUAAUUCAAAUAAAAGAGCAAAUAUUAAAGAUGUGAUACAGAGAAUGGACUACUAUACUCAAAAGGCAUACCAGGCAGUUAAGCAAAAACAUUAA